AUGCCACCAAAGGAAGCUCCCAAAAAGUGGAAAGCACCAAAAGGGCCAAAGCCUAAUCAUCGCAAGAACAAAAAUAAGCUUGAAUUGGGUAGAGCUAUUAAAUAUGCUCGUCAAAAAGAAAACGCCAUCGAGUACUUACCUGAUGGUGAAAUGAGAUUCACUACCGAUAAACAUGAAGCUAACUGGGUUAAACUAAGAUCUGUGACUCAGGAAUCGGCUUUGGAUGAGUUUUUAAGUACAGCUGCACUAGCGGAUAAGGAUUUCACAGCUGAUAGGCAUUCAAAUGUCAAAAUUAUUAGAAUGGAUAGCGGUAAUGAUUCCGCAACUUCCCAAGGAUUUUCUAUGACUAAUGAGCAGCGUGGAACUCUUAAUGCAAAGCAGAGGGCUCUUGCUAAAGAUCUGAUUGUUCCAAGAAGACCUGAAUGGGAUGAAGGCAUGUCCAAAUUUCAGCUGGAUAGGCAAGAAAAGGAGGCGUUUUUGGAAUGGAGGAGAAAAUUAGCACAUUUACAAGAAAGUAAUGAGGAUUUGCUGUUGACACCUUUUGAAAGAAAUAUCGAAGUUUGGAAACAACUAUGGAGAGUGGUUGAAAGAUCAGAUUUGGUUGUCCAAAUUGUGGAUGCAAGAGAUCCUUUAUUGUUUAGAUCCGUCGAUUUGGAAAGAUACGUAAAAGAGUCGAACGAUAGAAAAGAAAAUUUAUUGUUAGUCAACAAGGCCGAUUUAUUAACCAAGAAGCAGCGUAUUGCUUGGGCAAAGUAUUUUAUUUCCAAAAAUAUCUCUUUUACGUUCUAUUCUGCAUUGAGAGCCAAUCAAUUAUUGGAAAAACAAAAGGAACUUGGAGACGAUUAUAUGGAGCAAGUAGUUGAUGAAAUCGAUGAAGAAGAGCUGGACGCUGAUAAAGAAAUCUUGGAAAAAGUUAAAAUACUGUCCAUCGAUCAAUUGGAAGAAUUGUUUUUAUCGAAAGCUCCAAAGGAACCUCUAUUGGCACCUUUACCUGGCCAAUAUCCUAUAAUUAAUAUUGGUUUGGUUGGUUAUCCAAACGUGGGUAAAUCUUCGACAAUCAAUUCGCUUGUUGGUGCAAAGAAAGUUUCCGUUUCAUCCACACCCGGUAAAACAAAGCAUUUCCAAACCAUCAAAUUAUCUGACUCAGUCAUGCUAUGUGAUUGCCCUGGUCUCGUCUUCCCAAAUUUUGCGUAUAACAAAGGUGAGCUUGUCUGCAAUGGUGUUCUGCCAAUUGAUCAAUUGCGUGAUUACAUUGGUCCAGCUGGUUUAGUGGCAGAGAGAAUACCAAAGUACUAUAUUGAAGCUAUUUAUGGUAUUCAUAUUCAAACCAAAUCCAGGGAUGAAGGUGGGAAUGGGGAAAUUCCAACUGCUCAAGAAUUGUUGGUAGCGUAUGCAAGAGCACGUGGUUAUAUGACUCAAGGUUACGGUUCCGCCGAUGAGCCGAGAGCAAGUCGUUAUAUAUUGAAAGAUUACGUUAAUGGGAAAUUACUGUACGUCAAUCCUCCACCUCACCUAGAGGACGAUACGCCUUACACCAGAGAAGAAUGUGAGGAGUUUAACAAGGACUUAUAUGUCUUCGAUCAACUACCGGAGACUAGAAAGGACCAAGUGCAAAACGCAGCCAAGGCAAAAGGUAUUACUAUUGUGGAUUUGGCCCGUGAUCUUAAUCAGCUAACAUUUUCUGCUCAUACUGGUGGUGACAUGCAAAAAGAAGCCAAAUCUGUUACACAUGGUGGUAAGCAGGCCGCAUUAUAUAAUGCUGCUGAGGACUUGGAUAGGGAUUUUUUCAAGAUGAACAACGUUGAGGGUAGAUUAAGUACACCAUUCCACAAAGUUCAAAAUAGUUCAGCUGGUAAGAGACAUAACAAGAAAAACAAGAGCAAAAAUGCGAAAAGUAAAGUCUUCAGCAUCGAAAGCACUUAG